AUGAGACCAGCAGUUGAACUGGUCAAGGAAACACAGGACAUUAUUGAAAAAUUGAAAACUUUUGAAGAAUUAUCGUUGAGCUAUCCAAGUUCUAAUUACUUUCAUGAAUCGUUUAAUAAUUAUAUAAUAGAACAACAGGAAGCUUACGAACCAAUUGAGUUGAAUAAUAUUAUUUCCAUACGAGCUGGAUAUUGUGAUUUUCAAGAGCCAGUUAAAUUGAACAACUUGAAAGUAUUAAUUAUAAGAACAGGAGUAAUGGAAAAUUCCAUGUUACAAUCAAUUCUUAACUGCUCAUUCCCACAAUUGAAACAUUUAGAAUUAUGGUUAGGGUCACCCUGUCAAAUAAGAAGUAAAAUGAUCGACCUGUCACAUUACAAUAAUGAUAUUACAGAAAAAAAUUUAACAGAACUGCUUUCAGAAUCAGAUAAUGGAAAGUAUCCAACAUUAGAAUAUUUUGGUCUGAGAAAUACUUAUAAUAUUCCACAACUCUUACCACUUAUUAUGAAAUCAAAUAUUGCAAAAAGAGUUAGAGUAUUGGAUUUAUCAUUAUCAGGUUCAAUAACAGAAAAUGAUGCUCUAUUUAUUGCAGAGCAAAUCCAAUUACAGAGAAAAGAAUUCACAUUGUUAGAAUUUGUUGAUUUGAGAUAUAAUAAUAUUCAACUUGAAAAUAAUCCGAAUAGGGAUAUCGUGAUUCAACAAAUUGAAGAGGAAUUCAACAAAAUAGGAAUUGCAGUUGAU